AUGGCGCGAGCUAGUGGUGGUAUGUCAGUAUAUGAAAUUGCAAAGAAGUUACAGGAGGAUGCACGUAAUGACGCAAUACGUCGAUUGGAUAAUGAUAUUAAUAAGUUGAAAGGGGAUAUAUCCAAAGCGAAAUUUGGAAGGAGUGGAAAUGAAAGUAACCUCAAUAAGGACCAGAUUUGCCAGCUUGAUAAAGAUACACAUACGAAUGAUACUCGUGGGGAAGAUGGUCCAUGUACAGGUAAAGGUGGAGAUAAACAAGAUAGAUUUAAUAUAGGAAAACCAUGGACAACGCGUACCGAUGCUAAUAUUAACCACAAAGAUGUAUUAUUUCCUCCAAGAAGAUUAGAUAUGUGCACAUCAAAUUUAGAAAAUUUAGAUGUGAAUAGGACCCGCGGACUAAAAGGUAGUAAUGUUAAUGACUCUUUUUUGGGAGAUGUGUUGCUGGCGGCUAAAUAUGAGGGAGAGUUCAUAUCACGUAAACUCUAUGAUGACACUUCGAGUAUUUGUAAUGCCAUGAAGUACAGUUUUGCCGAUAUAGGAGAUAUAAUUAGAGGAAGAGAUUUAUGGACUGAAAACGGUGAAAUGAAACAGUUAGAAAAUAAAUUGAUAGACAUAUUUAAAAAGAUUCACGAGAAAGAUGAUAAUAUCAAAAGCAAAUAUUCUAGUUUAAAUAAUUAUAAAGUGUUACGUGAAGAUUGGUGGGAAGCAAACAGAGAACAAAUAUGGAAAGCGAUGACAUGUAUUACACCAGAUUCUGCUGGUCUAUAUACGCUUAAUUCUAAGGGAGAAUAUCAAUUUUAUGAAAGUAAAUGCGGUCGUGAUGACCCAAAUUUUGUACCUGUAGAUGAUUAUAUUCCGCAAAAAUUACGCUGGAUGACUGAGUGGAGCGAAUGUUAUUGUAAACAACUAAAAACAGACUAUAAUUUCGUGAAGGAACAAUGUGAACAAUGUAAAAAUGAAAAUUCUACUAAACAAUGUAUGAAUGACAAUGAUAAAUGUCAUAUUUGUUCAAGUAUGUGUGAAGAAUAUUCUCGACAUGUUACAACGUGGAAACAUCAUUGGAUAACACAAAAAAAUAAAUACCAGGAAUUUUAUUAUGCUACAAAUUGCAGUGGUAGUGGUGGUGAUGCAAUUCAUGAAAAACUUGAAGAUUUUUUCGUAAAACUUAAAAAUGAAGGAAAACCUGAUUAUGAAAAUGUUUCAGAGUAUGUAAAGUCAAUGCGAGGUAAUACGUAUUGCAUAGACGCUAAACAGAAAGAUUUCAACGAAAAUAACAACAAUGACAAUGAGUAUGCAUUUCGUUCUCAACCACACGAAUAUGAAAAUGAAUGUAAAUGUAAAGACCGAACUCCAAGCAAUACCCCCAAUCCAGUACUUGAAGGGAAAUUAGGAAAAAAUGUAGAUUUGUGCACGUUGAGUACAGAUAAAUCUGCAAUUAAUAAAGAUCGUGGUGGUCAUAAUCAAGUAAGCACAAACACACUAUGUGGUAUUCAUUAUGGAAGUGGAGGAACGACAAGUGGUUCAGAAAAAUCGGGACAUAAACCGUGGCAAUGUAAAGACAAUAAAGGUAACGAAAAAGAAAGCCCUUGUGUUCCCCCACGAGUUCAAGAAAUAUGUUUAGGAUAUUUAGAUCAAAAUGAAAUUGCUAACAAAAUUUUAAAUAGUAAUAGUAGUGCUGCAAGUGACGAGGAAAAAUUUAAAGAAAUCAAUAAUAAUUUGUUGACGGAAGUUUUACUCACAGCAAGUUUAGAAAGAAAUCAAUUGUGGGAACUUCAUAAAAAAGCAGGUAGCCGCAGAACUAAAAAUUCAACAGCGUGCGCUGAAAUCGUACGAAGUUAUCAUGAUUUAGGAGAUUUAAUUAAAGGUACAAAUAUAUGGGGUAAUGCAAAAGUUGCAGAAGUGCAACUUUCCAAAAUUUUUGAAAAACUAUACGAAUUCUAUAAUAAAAUGAAUAAUGUUACACUUUAUAAUAAACCCAUACUAUAUAAAGAUGUUCUUGAAUUUCGAAAAGGUUGGUGGGAAACGAACAAAAACAAAAUAUGGGACGUGAUGACAAAAUGUGUACACAAUAAGUGCAAAGAUGCCAGUACAACAGCACCUGAUGAAAAACAACAAUUUUUAAGAUGGUUCAAUGAAUGGGGAGUAAAUACAUGUAUAGAACAUAUAAUGGGAUUGGAAAAUUUGAACAAAAAAUGCAGCAAUUGCAAUAAUAAAUGUGAUAAUAUUAAUAGUACAUGUAAUAAUAUUAAUUGUAAUGCAGAAUGCGAAAAAUAUAAAACAUGGAUAGAUAAAAGAAAAAAAGAAUGGAACAUAUUAUCACAAAAAUAUGAAGCAAACAAAUCACAAUAUAAUAAUGAAGAUGAUGAUGAAACAUUUUUGGAAACUUAUUUGAUUCCUUCAACAUACUUGAAAUUCAUUUAUCGUGACACAUGUUCUAAAACAGUUUUUAAAACUUUAUUUGAAACUACAAAUGAAUAUGGAGAUAAACAAUCAAUAUGCGAGUGUUCUACAACGCCAUCAUCAUCUUCGUCAGCAACACACCAAACACCAGAUGCUUCUAUUGAUACUACUGAUGAUCCUGUAGACGAAGCAAUCAGCACUAACCCGUGUGCAAAGCUUAAUACUCCAUCUAAGAUAUCUAGUUGUCAUCAAAAAAAUUUUGACGGUGUGGUAUGGACAUCAAGAAAUAUACGUAUAGAUGAAAAUGGACAACCUAUACGUGGAGUCUUCGCCCCUCCUCGACGACAAAAACUUUGUGUUGGAAACAUAUGGCUACAUGCAACGGACAAAGACACUUUAUUGAAUGAAUUGAUGUUUGCAGCAAACACGGAGGCUAAAUAUUUAAAAAAACAUUAUGACGAAAAAAAUAAAGGUACACAUGAAACUACUGGAAAGAAUGAUGAAUUAUGUAAAGCUUUAGAACGUAGUUUUUAUGAUUUGGGAGAUAUAGUUAAAGGUACUGAUUUGAGACGAGGACCAUUCGUUGAGAGAACAGAAAAAAAAAUAUACUCCAUAUUUAAAGAUGAAAUUAAUGGUAGUGGUGGUACGACAACAGCUCGUGAGAGCAAAAUAUUGGAUGAACGUAAUAACUGGUGGAAUCAAAAGAAGUCGAAAGUAUGGCAAGCGAUGACGUGUGAAAACGACUGUAAGGAUGGGAUUAAUAUAGGUACUGAUGAUGAGGUUCCACAAUUUUUACGAUGGUUUACUGAAUGGUCCGAAGAUUAUUGUAGGAAUUAUAAACAGUACAUAUCUAAACUCAAAGAAGCAUGCACUUCCUAUGAGUGUAACAAUGGAAGUGUCAAAUACAACGAUGCUGAAAAAAGAGAAAAUUGCGAAAAGGAAUGUGUUCUAUAUAAGCAAUUUGUGGAGAGAUGGAGAGAUCAAUAUAAAAAUCAAAAAACUAAAUAUGAGGCAGAUAAAAAAAAUAAAAAUCUUUCAUAUGUGGGAACAGAAGGAAAAGACGCUGUUUCCUACAUAAAAGAGGCAUGUUCUGAUGAAAAAUGUAAAUGCAUAAUAGAUAAUUUUAAUGAGGAAAAUAAGUGGGAUAAUCCUAUGGAAAGCUUAGAAGGUGAAAAUAAACAAAUAAAAACAAAAUGUUUAUGUCCACAACCUAAAAAUACGAAGAAUUCUGCUUGUCAUGACAAUAAUAAACCUAAUAAUAAUGUACAUCCUUCUGAUCGUACUACAAAGCAAAUGACGUGUGAAGAUUUAAAAAAGGAUUCUCUUACAACAUCAAAUAAUUGUACAAAAAAAAAUCUUAUGGGAGAAAUAACAAAAUGGGAACUACAUGCUGCAGAGAAAUACUAUAUUCCUAUAAGACGAACAGAUUUAUGUUUGGAUAAUAUAAAAAACUUAGCAAAUGAAAGAAGUAGUAUAUCACAAAACGAUAUAACAGAAGAAAUGUUCGAUCAAGCAAUACAAAAAGAUGCAUACAAUGAAGCAAAAAAUUUAUUAAAUUAUUACAAUGAAUAUAAAGUCAUGCAGACAAAAAAUGGUAUGUCAUUAUCAAUUAAUAAUGUAAAAAAGUAUACUAUAGAAGCAAUGAAAAGAUCUUAUGCCGAUUAUGGUAAUUUAGUACAAGGAACAACAGAAUACAAACAUUUCAGUGGGUACGAAAAUAUAAAAAAUAUGUUAACAAAAGUUGUUCAUUCCAAUAAGAUUAAAUUGCCCCGCGAUGUUGAGAAUUAUGAUCAAUUAUGGAAUAAAUAUAAAGCAGAUGUAUGGAAUGCUAUGUUGUGUGGUUAUAAAGAUGCCACUUCUGAAAAUAAAAUUGACGAAAAUAUGUGUAUGUUACCUAACAAUGAUAAAGGUAAUGAAUUUUUACGAUGGCUUAUUGAAUGGGGAGAAAUGUUUUGUUUCCAUCAAGAAAAAAAAUUAAAGACGCUAAAGGAAGAGUGUUCAUUUGAUUCUUGCGAAAAAGCAAUGUCUGAACAAAAAAGUAAAUGCCAACAUGAAUGUAAUAAAUAUAAGAAAGAUUUGCAAAAGUGGCAUGGUUUCUAUAUAAAACAGUAUGCUAAAUAUGAUAAUAUAUUUGACAAAUUUUCUGAAAAGAAAGGUAAGGAACUUCAUGAAUUUUGGAAACAUAAUUGCGAUAAAAAAUGCGAAUGCCUUCAUAAUAGAGAUAAUACUACUGUUAACAACGUUUUCAAUAAACUUCCAAAAGAAAUAGACGUUAAAUGUCCUUGUCCUGUUAAAAUAAGUAUACCUGAUGAAAAAAUUAUAUCAGUUGUUCAUAAAAAAACUGAUAUUGUUAAUCCUUACGAUAGUUUGAAUAUAUGCCCUGCUAGAUCUAAUAGAGAAUGUGAACACUAUGGUAAUGAUAAAUGCCGCAAGAAAACAUAUGACGAAAAUACUCUUUGGAAUAGUAUAAGUCUGAAAAAUGAUGAUGGUAAAAAUACAGGAGUUUUAAUACCUCCAAGAAAAAGAUAUUUAUGCCUUAAAAAUUAUAUGAAAUUCUAUCCUAGUUCUCAAGAAACAAAAUUUAAGGAUUCUCUUUUUAAGGGUGCUGCAGCUGAAGCGAAAUGGUUAACUGAAAAAUAUGCUGCUGACAGAGAUAUGUCAUUAUAUGCAAUAAAAUAUAGUUUUGCGGAUAUAGGAAAUAUCAUAAAAGGAGAUGAUAUGAUGAGUGAUACUCUAAACGAAAAAAUUCGUAUAAAUUUAAAAAGGUUUAUUACAAAAAAUAAAUUAAAAUGUAAUGAAAAAGAUUAUCGGUUAGAAUGGUGGGAAAAAAAUAAAACACACGUAUGGCACGCAAUGUUAUGUGGAUUUGUGAAAGGUGGAGGAACAAUUACGUAUAGAGACUGUAUGUUGCCUAAUGAAGAAAAGGAGGAUCAAUUUUUGAGAUGGUUGAAAGAAUGGGGAACACAAGCAUGUAAGGAAAAAAAAAGCAAAGCAAGUGAUGUCUUAGAAAAAUGUAAUAUUUCCGAUUUACAAGAAUUACAAAAAAAUAAUCCAAGUAUAUCUAUUGAUUGUAAAAAUGCAACUGACGCGUACAUGCAAUGGAUAUAUAAUACAAGAGUAUCAUGGAAAGGUUUAUCUAAUAAAUAUAAAAAUGAUAAGGAAAACAAAAACGAUACUAUAUACACGGGUAUACCUUAUAAAACAGCUAAAGAUUAUUUGGAUAUUAGAUGUGAUGGUUGUAAUUGUAAUUUAGAUGAUUUAGAUGAGGUAUAUAAUAAAGAUAUAGUACCAGAAAUUGAUGAGAUUAUCAAAACUAUUCAUAAGGCUAAAAGGGAUUUACCUAAUGGUGGAUGGGGUAUAUAUUGGGGUGAAUGGAAACCUCCUACUUGGCAUGAAUUCCAAUGGCCAACUAUUCCGAUUCCUGAAAUUAUAUGGAAUUGGAUUCCAUCAGUUGAUGAUGUUUUGAAAAAUGUAUCAGAUGAAAUAAAAAAAGGUGUACAAUCCAUAGAUAGUGUAAUAUCUAAGUUUAGCGAUACUAGUAAUAAAAGUCUAAAUGAUGCUAAACGUAUUCUGGAUAGAGUACUUGAACUAGGAAAAGCAAUAAUAAAUACACUCGAAAAUACAGAACAAAAGCAAGAUACACCCAAACCCGCACCCCCAAAAAUUGAACCUGAACCCAAUCCAAGAGCAGCUACAAUACCUCAACAGGAUGAACCAUCAGUCCCUAUUAAUAACAUAUUAUCUUCUACUCUCCCAGUUGGAAUAAGUUUUGCACUAGGUUCCAUAGCUUUAUUGUUUUAUAUGAAGAAACUUGGACCUACCAAUUUAUUUCGAGUUAUUGAUAUACCACAAAACGAUUAUAACAUACCUACAGAAAAAGCAUCCAACCGCUAUAUCCCAUAUGGUAAAUAUAAAGGAAAAACAUAUAUUUAUAUGGAAGGAGACGAACCGGACGAUUAUGUUCGCGACAUAUCUUCCUCUGAUAUUACUUCAUCUUCUGAAAGUGAAUAUGAAGAAGUAAAUAUCAAUGAUAUAUAUGGGUAUAAAUCACCUAAAUAUAAAACAUUAAUUGAAGUCGUACUAAAACCUAGUAAAAAUAGUAACGUACAAGAUACACACGAUGAUACACCAUAUACACAAAACGUACCACCAAGUGACCUACACACCAAUAAAUGGACUGAGGAAGAAUGGAAUCAAAUGAAAGACGAUUUUAUAUCACAAUAUUUACAAAAUAUACCAAAGGAUUUACCUAACGAAAAUACCAUUGGUAAUAAUAUGUAUAAGGAUAUCCAACCUAAUAUUAUGGAUGUUAAUAAUGAUGAAAAACCUUUUAUUACAAAAAUCCAAGAUAGAGUUUUACAUGAUGAUAGCGAUGUUGUUAGUUAUAAUAUUGAUCGUAAUAUACCAAAACAAAACGAUAUAACUAAUACUAUUACGGAUUACCCAAAAUAUGUUUCAAAUGACCUAUAUUCUGGAAUUGAUUUAAUUAAUGAUUCGUUAAAUCAUAAUCAUAAUGUUGAUAUUUAUGAUGAAUUAUUGAAAAGAAAAGAAAAUGAAUUAUUUGAGGCAAAACAUAAAUGA